UUUUUCUAAUAGAACGUCCAACUUCUUGGUUACCUAAAAUAGAUUUUUGGUUAUCGGCGGUUGCUAUGGCACUUUUGAAUUGUCACCUAUCAAAAUCAUCACCCGAACUUCCGGGGGCGAUCCUGGCUGAUUCACGAUCAUUUAAUUAUUGA